AUGUCCGCGUCUCGUCGCAAGGCUCAUUUUGAGUUGUGGGUUAUAGGGCGGGCAACUUUAUCUGAUCAAGGGUCGGGGCACAAGGGUCCUAGUACUAUCCAGGUGCGAAGAAGCCCAGAGGUGACUGCAAUGAGCAGAAAUCUCAUUCACCGGCCUAAACGACGAGCAAACACUCGAAUGUUAGGUGACAGAUCGGCCAUAGGAGUACUCCUGGAUAUAAACCAGGGAAACAAAAGUGGAGCAUACGGCGUUGCCGCCCGUUUUCAUUUCGUGGAAGUCCCCAGCAGAGGAAAGGGCUGUCCCCGUAAUUCGAGUGAGAUUGUCAUGGCGCAAAAGCAGAUAUGGUCCGGUAUUCCCUUGUUCCCUGUAUUGGUUAUGUUCUUUAUUUCUUGUCUAGCAGAAACUAAUCGAGCUCCGUUUGAUCUCCCAGAAGCGGAAGCUGAAUCAGUUGCAGGCUAUAAUGUAGAAUAUGCGCGGGAUGCGAUCCUUAAUAGUUCACUGUUGGCGGAAGCCAAUGUCCCGGGGUCCCGGGAACUCAUUCUGACUGAAACAAGGGGCGGGUCUUUACCAACUUUUCAAUCUGCUAUUUUAGGGAAGCCAAAAAACGGCUUUCUGCCUUGUUAUCAAAAAGGGGGUUGGGUAAAGCAAACUCCCUCCUUGGACGAGCACGGGCUUAGUCAAGUAGAACCAGGUUGCGCUGCUGGAUGCUCCGAUCGAAAAGAAAUCAGUGGGGCCAUGCCGGAAGAAAUGUUCUUGGUGGAUGCAGGACUUGGGACCGCCAUAAUGAGUAUGCAGGAUGAGCCUAAAGGAGUUCCAAUCAACCGAGCCACCAGAUUCUUCAUGGAUCUAGUGGCCGGUGAAUCACUGAUCAAAGAGCGAGCUACCGCCAGGUUUAAUGAUUUGGUGGGAUCGACAGAUGCAGUGGCUGGUGAACCGCUUCUUCUUCUUCCACGAAGAUUCACACAAAACCGAGCUUGGAUGGAACUAAACAAGAUUUGGCGAACAAAUAGAAAGGAAGAAAUGUUCUUGGUGGAUGCAGGACUUGGGACCGCCAUAAUGAGUAUGCAGGAUGAGCCUAAAGGAGUUCCAAUCAACCGAGCCACCAGAUUCUUCAUGGAUCUAGUGGCCGGUGAAUCACUGAUCAAAGAGCGAGCUACCGCCAGGUUUAAUGAUUUGGUGGGAUCGACAGAUGCAGUGGCUGAUAGUUCACAGUGCUCAUUCUAUCGAUACUGGGAAAGAAAAAAAAGAAUGUUUACACUCAAUUUUCAUUACGAAGAUGUAUCACGUCAGGAUCCGUUGCUCAAACCGAAUCACGCCAACGUUAUGGAAGUUCUUAGAUCGUGUAAAAUAAGAGUAGUACCAAAGGCACCACCCUCUGAUUUCAUAAUAAAAAAUGGAAAAUUGGCUAUGGAGAUUCCGUGCGGUCAGAAAUUAAUACAGACACAAAGGGCUUCGACAGGAAAGGAGUUUCGAUCCAAUCGAUUAUUGGGAAAAAAUAAAGACAAAAAAGGGUAUGUCAGUGACCUAGCACGGCAAAGCACUCUUCGAGGGCAUGGAAUGUCUCAUUUUUUGGUAAGAAUCUCCGCAGUAAUGUCUCUGUUAGAUUUUCCGGUCGAAAUACGGGAAAAGUCCAUUCAAUUCUUGAUGGAAAUGGAGUUUUGA